AUGUCGACAACCCCCCCUUCGUCUCGGGAAACACCGACUGAUCGAAGUUUUCAACAGACGCCGCAGGAUCAUCGUAAUCUGAUAUCCUCGGUGCAUCAACGUCCGGAUCCGGAUCGCGCUAAACCGCAGCCGAAGUUGACGGAAACGUCGGCAAGCUCUCCUUCGCCUCGGAAAACACCGACUGGUCGAAGUUUUCAACAGACGCCGCAGGAUCGUCGUGAGCCGAUAUCCUCGGUGCAUCAACGUCCGGAUCCGGAUCGCGCUGAAACGCAGCCGAAGUUGACGGAAACGUCGGCCAGCUCUCCUUCGCCUCGGAAAACACCGACUGGUCGAAGUUUUCAACAGACGCCGCAGGAUCAUCGUGAUCCGAUAUCCUCGGUGCAUCAACGUCCAGAUUGCGCUCAUGUCUUAACCGACCGCACCAACUCAAAUACCGCAUCGAGUCCAGCUUCAGCACCGGCCGUUUUGCGUUCCACUGAGGGUAAACCGCAGCCGGAGUCGACGGAAACGUCGACAACCCCCCCUUCGUCUCGGGAAACACCGACUGAUCGAAGUUUUCAACAGACGCCGCAGGAUCAUCGUAAUCUGAUAUCCUCGGUGCAUCAACGUCCGGAUCCGGAUCGCGCUAAACCGCAGCCGAAGUUGACGGAAACGUCGGCAAGCUCUCCUUCGCCUCGGAAAACACCGACUGGUCGAAGUUUUCAACAGACGCCGCAGGAUCGUCGUGAGCCGAUAUCCUCGGUGCAUCAACGUCCGGAUCCGGAUCGCGCUAAACCGCAGCCGAAGUUGACGGAAACGUCGGCAAGCUCUCCUUCGCCUCGGAAAACACCGACUGGUCGAAGUUUUCAACAGACGCCGCAGGAUCGUCGUGAGCCGAUAUCCUCGGUGCAUCAACGUCCGGAUCCGGAUCGCGCUAAACCGCAGCCGAAGUCGACGGAAACGUCGACAAGCCCGAGUUCGCCUCGGGAAACACCGGCUAGUGGAAGUCAUCAGGUGACGUUGCCGUAUCUUGAAGUCAACGAUUCACCAUGUGAUGGAGGUGAUCAAAGUAUGGACGAGAGUGACGCAGGCUCGGGUGAAGAUUACUCCAGCGGUAGUGGCGAAGAAUGGGAGCCAAACAGCGAAGACGAAGAUCAUCCAGCAGAUAAAUUGAACGAUACUUCAUUCCUCAACGAUUGUACGAUUCGAGAAUACUUCGAGCCCUUCAAAAACUUUAUGCCGGAUGAUGAGGAACCUGCCAAACACAAAAACGGCUCGCAGAAGUAUACCCGAAAAGGAUCGUCGUCGUCGUCACCGUCGUCUGGCGGCACGGCUUGCGUGGUGUGUGUGGGAAAGAGAGCGCGGUUGUUGGAUUCAGCAGUGCUGGCAGAUGGUCGACUGUUCGGGACGCACAGGUUGCUGUCCGCCCAGGAGAUUCCCAGCGGUUGA